AAUAACCUAGUGCGUCCUCCCAAUUUUAACUGGACUAAAACAAUCUUUUAGUUUGAUUUACCAGGAGCUAAGAAUUUUUGGUUUUGGCAUAUGCUUGAUGGCGAAUAAUUCCGGCACAGACGAAGUGAUGAAUCAAUCCGAGGAGCCAAGGACCCCGCUGAAGAGACCAGUCUUGAAAAACGACACUGGAUUCGCCAUGGUAUGGACCCCUGAAGAACAAGCAACUCUAGAUAACGUCCUACUCAAGAAACCUAAAGACGCUUCUAAAUAUUCGUGUGUCUCACGUUACGCGAGAAUCUCAUUAGAGUUUCCAAAUAAGACCACCAAAGACAUCGCUAUGCGUUGCAGAUGGAUCAAAGAAUUGGGAAGAGUCAAAGCUGAGAGUUCAAACUCAGCUCCUCAAGAUGCGGUCAUCGAUGAGGUAAUUAACCAAAACGGGAAACUGUUUUAUCAGAUUUUUGAUAAUCUCUCAUAUUCCUCAAAGCUCGAAGAAAACCUUACACUCUUCAACAAAUCCCGCGACAAUAUCAUGGUACUUGUCAACAAGCUCAACGAGAAUGUGCCGGACCAGAUGAAGCAUAUGCCACCAUUGCCUGACAAAUUGAACGAUGAUUUAUUUAAAUUCAUUGGUUCAAAAUCAAAUCUACCAUAGAUACCAUGAAUAACUGUUUUUUUGGUCUUGCAAUUUGAUUUCUGUAAUUAUUUUUGUAAAUAUCUUCUUACAUUACUUUCACCACCAACUAUCUCGAAAAAUCUUUCUGUUUUUGUCUCACAAACAAAGGAUGUUUCAAAACCUACCAAUGCCAAUUUCUUCAACAUAGUUAGUUGGGCAUGAGUAUAUUUCUGCCCCUAUCAUUAUUUUCUUGAAACACUUCAUUAAAUUUAAAACAGAAAAGUUAGGUGAGUAGGCAUGAGACUUAUUAUCCGAGAUUCGGAUUCGAUUCGAGAUCCGCUCUGAAAAUAGAAUAUCCGAGAUACGCGGAUCCGAAUCCAGAUAGUAAAAUCUUGGAUCUGUCCAAAUCGAAUCUGAAUCUAGAUAUCUUAAUUUUUAGGUCAGGAUAUCCAGAUCCAGAUCCGUAUUUUUAAAACACAUUAAAUCUUUAAAUUUCAUUAAU